AUGGAGAACAAGAAGGUCGACGACCCUGGCGCCCUGGCCUUACGGCGUCUGGUCCGAAGCCCAACCGGCGGCCGUUUGGGUCCCAGGCGGUCGUCGACAAUUGUCUCCUUCAGCAGCAGCAGGAGCAGCAGCUCAGCUUCUUCAGUCACUUCAACAGUCGACGCCGAGAUGCCAGCUUCAUGUGUGUUCAUCGUGUGGGCGGCCGUCAAGCGCAAUGCCUGCCAGAAGAUGACCCCCGAGGAGCGGCGCGAGUGUCCCCUACUGCGCUGCCGCAAGAGGUUCCCCAACCACGAGCUCAUGCUCCAGCACCUGUACUCGUGCGAUCACCUCGCCGGCGGCGAGUACUGGUGCUAUGACUGCGAGAGGCCCGAGCAGCUCAGCGAUGUCAAGUGCAGGCGCUGUCUGGGUCAUCCGUCCAAGAGGAGGAAGAUUAUGACCAUGGCCAAGAGCUUCUUCAGCUCGCUGGGCCACAAGCCCAAGUCCCACGGCCUGGCUCUGUCCAUGGGCAUGGGCUUGGGGGGCAUGGGCAGUGUUGGAGACGGUGGCAUCGGACAAGGCAGCAGCAGCAGCAGCGGCGGCGGCGGCAACAACAACAACAGCGACAACGCUGGCGGGGGCAUGGACGAGCCUCCAAGCUACGACUCGGUCCUCUUCACGCCGCCGCCCCCACCCCAGGCCGAACUCUUCUCGACCGAGAUACACGAGAUCGGGUCGAGUGAGGUGCUGCUCCCCACUAUCCCGGAGUGUGAGACCGAGACAGAGCCCAUCCAAGCAGUACCCGCCCCUAGAAUGAUCCCCUGUCUCCCCCCAUCCACAUUCCCCAUCUCACCACCAGGCUCCCACCCGGGAGCCGUGCCGCUGCCAUCGACCAUGGAGGCAGGUUUCAUAAAUUGGAGGCCGUCACCACCAUCCCCCCAGACCGUGGCGCCUCAAAGCCUCAUGAAGCCCGCCACAGCGCGGUUGGUCGAUCGCCCAACCCUCCAGGUCAAUACCCACCUGGACCACUACCGCGGCCAGGCAAGUCGACGCAGCAAGGCCCUGGCCCCGAGCUCCUCCGUUCGGUCCACCAGCAGCACCGACAGCACCGACAGCACCGAUAGCACAGCCAGCUACAACAUCUCGCCCAUGUCUGGCUGGUCCAGCGGGUGGACAAAGACGUCCGGCUUCGAGUCUGCCUUGACGUCGCCCGACGACCUCAUCAGUCCUCAGAGCCUCCUGCCCACCGGUCCCUUUGUCAGUUGUGGCCACACUCACACUACUACUAAUACGGCGGACGCGUCGUCGUCCUCGAUGAGGCCAGUCCCUUUUAGCGACUCCGAAUUUCAAAACAUGGUUGCCAACUCGUGCCCGUCUGAGCUGCCCGCCGACAUCCCCAUGUUUGAUGACCUGCCCACCACCAUGGACCCUCAAAAGACGCAGGCGCCCAUGGGCUUGGACCACUCCGCCUUCUCCUUCAACACCAAUCUCCCGUUCCAGCUGUCACUGGAGCACCAGCUACCGCCAACCAAUACCGUCGAUGACCUCAGCCUACAUGCAUUACCACCUCCACCUCACCAGCCACCACCGGCGCCGUCAUCCGGUCAUCCUCAUCCACUGCAGUCUGCCGAUGAUACAGAGUCUAGCAUGAUGCAGCAUGUCGGCUCCUCCAGCCUCACCACCACUACGCAGACUUUAGCCAGAUCAGCCCUGGACGCUCUCCAGAUGCACAUUGCCGAGUCGAGGAGCAAGCUUGACGACAUCAACGAGAACCGCCUCAUGGUACAGCUCUGCCAGAUGCCUCUGUCGUCCGUCGCAACAGCCGGCUUGGAAACCAUGGUUGACCUACUAGAGGGUCGCCAGGCGUCGUCUCCUCUGCACCUCCUCUGUUUCGUCCACAUCGUCUUCUCCCUGUCUCUGGUCAUUCACGAACAAGAAGCCUCCAAGCACGUUGGCGCUCUUUUCAAGCAAGCGUUACUGUACAGCGACUGGUUCACGGGCGACGAUAAGAUGCUCUACUUUGAAGUCGUUUAUACCUUGUGGAAGCCCAGCGCCGUCCGCGACGAGGAGAUUAUCGAGCUACUCAAGCCAACAGAGGCUGCCAUGUCCAAGGGCAAGCAGCCCGAGCGCUCACUGCCCGAAUUGAGGUCCGACCCGCUGAUACUGAUAGCUGCUCACUUCUUAGAUGAGCUCGAGUACAUGGCACUUAUCGACAGUAAUUACAUGGGACAGCCAUUUGACUCUUCCCUGCAGCACUCAAAGGAUAGCGUCGGGGCGACCCACGAUUCACCUUUUGCCAUUGCAGCCCGGUUCAUGAUUGAAAGCAUCUUUGCUCAUCAGUACUCCCAUUUCCCCGGGUUCGAACUCGGCAUGGAGAAAAUCAUUGGCCAGCUCAACUCUGGAACAGUGACAAGCGUACGACGGCUGGAGCUGGAGCUGAUGCAAGCUGGAAAGACAUACUUGCCUUCAGAUAUAUUCUUUGGCGACUUUGUCGAGGUGGUUCGACGACAAACGGAUGAGCUUUACACGCUGGGCCCUAAUCUUAGUACACGGUCGGAACACCAUCAGUGCAGCAUCCAGCUGUUGUUGAGCGAGUACAGCAGAAACCCUAUUGCCGUGGAGGAAGCGGUUGAGCAGCCGGGGGCUUCCGGGGCGGCCUACGGAAUUGUGGGUGUAGUUCCCGGUGGUUUCGAGAGCUACUUUGACGAUAUGGUGAACCUCAACCCCGGCCCUGGAUUAGACGUCGACAACAUGGCUGGCGCCCCACCCCUGGAAGUGGCUGAGUGGACGGGAGAAGAGCCGGCAUUCGUCUCAUCAUCAUCAUCAGCAGCAGCAGCAGCGGGCAGUGCCGCCAUAGCCACUCCCGUGCCGCAGAUGGACGAUGAGGCGCUGAUAUCGCCCGUGGCCGCGACGCCCAGCAAGGCGGAGCCGUCGGCAUCGACGUCGUCGACCAAGGUGGAAUCGGACAACUGCUGCAAGAUCUGCGGCUACCGACCCAAGGGCGACCCGCGCUGGUUCGCGGGCAGCAUGGCCAAGCACAUGCGCACGAUCCACAGCGAGAACCCGCAAAUCUUCCGGUGCCCCUACCCAGGCUGCACGAGCCAGUACAGCAAGCGGGCGGACAACCUGCGGCAGCACCAGAUUGAGAAGGGACACUUUGUGGACGACGAGGGGAAGCAGGGGAGGCGGCCGCGGAAGCGCAAGAGACCCUCGGAGGGGGGCGGGGAGUCUUGA